AUGUGGACGACAAGAGCGGCAAAAUUUCUCUUCAAGAAAAUAUGUGGGGAAUAUUUUAUGUAUGAGCUGGAGAAGGACCAGUUUAAAAUAGCAUUUAAAAAAGGAACAAUAAAUUUAAAUAAUUUGGAAUUGAACAUAAGGAAAAUAAAUAAAGAUCUUCAAGAGUUUUCGCCGUUAAUGCUCGCGUCAGGUUACAUUGGCAAUCUUACAACGAUGAUACCCUACUAUUCAAUAUUAGACACUCCAAGCGAAUUUAAUAUAUCAAAUUUAGAAUUGACAUUCGUUUCAAGAAUUGACUAUACAAAUUUUGUAUUAGAAAAAUUAAAGCAAUUAAGAUAUUUGGACCAUUUAAAUAAUAAUAAUAGUAAUAAUAAUAAUAAAAGUAAUGAAAAUAGUGAUAAUAAUGAACCAAUAAGUGAUAUUUAUUCUGACGAAGAUGAAGAAAUUGAUAAAAUAGAGACUAAAACACAGUUCGGUAUGGAGGGGUUAGAGGCCUUAACCGAAAUAUUAAAGAAAUUAAUAGAUAAAGUAUCAGCGAAAAUCGAAAAAUGUACCAUAACAAUAGUUCAAUAUGACACCAAAAGAAAUAAAACCAUAACGAUAAUACUGUCAAUCGAUUCUAUAGAAUAUAAAGCACAACAAAAUGAUAUAGUGCCUCCACCUCCUUCAUCAACACCGCAGCAGCAACAACAAGAAAGAUUAGAUUAUUUUUUAAAAUCAAUUGUAGUAAAUAAUAUCUCAGUUUUAAUCAAUGACCAAUUCACUGGUAAUAUCAUGUCAGAAGAGAAAUUUUAUAAUACUUCAAUAUUUAAUAUAAUACCUAAAUCUAAUUUUAAUAUUAUAUUUUCAAAUAAAUCACCGCAGUCAUCACCAAACACCAAUAAUAAUAAUAAUAAUAAUAAUAUUAAUGACAACGAUAUAAUCUCAUUAAAAAUAAAAAAAAGCGAAAAAAGUGUAAAUGAAAUACCAUUGUUUUUAAUUGAUUGCUUUUUCAAGAACUGGACAUUAGCAUUAUCACCACAACAUUUAACAAUUAUUGAAGGUUUUAUAUCUACAUUAACAAAAUCAAAGAGUAAAAAUAGUAAUCUUGAAAAGAAUGAAGAAAUCGAUGGAGAAAAGAAAGAACUGCCAACCGAAGUUAUUAAUGCAAAUAGUAAUUUAUUUAUAUUAAGAUUAAAAUGGCAAUCAUUCAAAUUGUUUUUGCAUAACGAUAUCAAUAGUCAUAAUUUCAAUGAUUUCAUUUUACAUCAAUACCCUCAAAGAAAUUAUAUGGCAGUAAAAUUAUCAGAUUUUAACAUAAUUAUUAAACAAAAUCGUGCAAUGGUAAAAAGAAUAGAUUUAUCAAUACUAAAGUUACAAGUAUCAAACAAUACUUUCAUAUCAGAUUUAAAUAAAAGUAGUGGUGGAAUAAACAAUGAAAAUAUAAAUCUGGAGCAACAUAAUAGAGCUUUGCAAACCUCAGUAUAUGAUUUCAUUUGUAAUACAGUCAUAGAUAAAUCAACAAUGAUUUUAGAUAUUUAUAUUAAAGACGAGUUGAAUUUAAUAUUAGAUCCAUUUUUAAUAAUAUUUUUAAAAUCAUUCUUUAAAGAAAAGGAAAAGAUAGUAAAGAAAAUUAAGGAAGAAGAACAAACUCACCAAAAGUACUUGUCUCUCUUAGAAAAGCAGAGUAUUAGAAAGAAUCUAUUGAAAAAACAACAGCAGCUAUUAGAAGAGCAACUCCAAAAACAAAAACAACGACAACAACAGUUACUUCAACAGCAGCAACAACAAACAUAUGGUUUUUAUUAUCCAGAGUUUAAUAAUAAUAAUAAUAAUAAUAGUAAUGACACAAAUAAUACAGAUAAUGGAACAUUUUAUGAAUAUGAAGAAAGUGAAAGUGAAAGUGAAAGUGAUGAGGAUGAUGAUUUAGAAAUUAUACCAAAGGUCGAGGAAUCAUCAUCAAUUCAAAUUUCAUUAAGCUGCUCAACUAUUAGAUUUAGAAUAAAGUUUCCAACAUUCGAUGAAAAUUAUUUUAAAGAUUGCUCUCAAUUAAAUAAUAAUAAUCUAAAGUUAAUGAUAUUAGAAUUGCAAAAGAAUUUAAAACUAUUAUCCAGCCAAAUCGAUAUCAAUUUUAAUCAAUGUAAAAUAACCUCCAAUAUUAUAAAUGAUAUACCUGAUGUAAAAUGGUUUAUAGAUUUCGAUAGCUCUUCAUUAAACCUUUACAAAUAUAGUAAUAAUAUAAACCAAAGUCCAAAUCAAAAUAUAAUAAUAAUAAAUACAAAAAAUGAUUCAGAUUUAUCAAACCCUGUACCAAUCGAAAUAACAAUUAGAGGAAUAGAGGAGAUUAGUCCAUUAAAAUUAGAACCAGAUGUUGAUAACCAAGAUUCAGAUUCAAAUAUGGGUAGUGCUCCACAAUUUAACUAUGUGGGUCAAGAUAUUGAUUCAACUGACUAUGACGAAGAUGAUUAUGAUGAUAUAACCCAGAAAAAAGAACAGCCACCAGGUUCAUCAAGUCCAAACUUCUCUCAUUUUAAUCCAUUCUCAAAAUCUGAAAAACAUAAAGGUCCAUUUUCAAAAUUUGUUUCAACAUCUGAAGGAACUUUUGAUAGUUGGUUAGAUGAAGCGGAGCAAGAGGAAAUUAACUUAUUCAGGCACACAUCCAUAGAAUCAUCGAAAUAUGUUGUUAAUUUAAUAAUACCAUUUUUAAAACUAAAGUUAACAAAAUCGCAGUAUCUAAAUAUUAUUCAACUCUCUGAAUCAUACAGCACACUAUUUAAAUAUUUAGAAACAUCCACCAAUGGCAGUGCAUCUAUUAAUUCAACUCCCAUAAACAAUAACUCGAAUAGUUCAACCCCAAUGUACACACCAAACUCAUCAUUACCUGGCACACCAAAUCAACCAAAGAUAGGCCAAAACCACUUGUAUAAUAUUAACUCAGAUAUACCUCAUUUACUACCUAGAUCACCAAAAACCAAAGGAUAUAGUAAUAAUAGCAGUAUUUAUAAUAACUCAAUAAACCAUAGCCCAACUCUUGAUUUAGAAGGUGAUACAUACAGUUUAUUCUCACUUAUGGUUGUUAUUAAUUCAGGUUCAUUUAUCAUUCAAGAAGAUCUACCAAAGAAUCCAUUUUCAACAGUUAAAAACAAUAGUAGUGGAAAUUUAAAUAAAAGUACAAGUACGACUGCACUAUCUAUUCCUCCUCAAUAUCAAUAUGAAUUAGCUUUUGAAAAAUUCGAAAUAUUUUAUGUUUCACAGUAUUAUGGAAAGGAUAUCAGUUUUGUAAGCUCAAUAGUUAAUUCAUUUGAGUUUACAGAGUUAAAUUUAUCUCAGAAGGACUCCAAACCAAUUCAAAUAUUUUCAAAAACAAUGGCUCAAAGAAAUUUAACGGAGCAAAUAUUAUCAAUAACAAUUUCUAUCAACAAUGAUACUACAGGUUUCUUAGACUCAAAUAUUCAAGGCAACAUAUAUUCAAUUAUAUUUAAAGGUGUUACAAUUCACCACAGGUUAAAUACAAUAUGGUUUUCAAGAGUAUCUGAUUUCUUUUCACCAAAACCAAAUAAUAAUGACAAAUCUAAUAAUAGAGAUGAAAAAGAGGAAGAACCAAAUGAUAAUUCCACCAAUGUCUCUGGUCAAGAAAAAUCUCCAUCAUCUAGAUUUUUUAUCAACUUUGUUGAUACCUCUAUAUCAUAUACUCCAUCAGAAAAACUUUCAUCAGCAGCAGUUUUAUUUUUCUCGGAUGUAAAAUUAAAAAUUCCAGAAUCUGGUGUAUUCUCAGUGGUUAGUCAAAACAGUUAUAUAUAUGUAUUGGAUAAUGUUCAAUUCUUAAAUCAAAACUAUAAAUCAAAUGCUCGCUCAUCAAUUUUAAACCAUUGGAAACUAUUGGGUUUUGUUCCGGUUGUUCAUCUAGAUUAUAUAGAGUUUGAUAUUAUAAAUAAGCCAAAUCAAUACCCUUCAUUAAUUUUUGAUUAUAAUCAUAAUUUAUUGUCGAUCAAUGCAUGCUCCGAUUCAUUUUUUACUAUAAAUCAGCUUAUUAAUAACUUUUUGGGUUUGGAUUUACCAAUUGCCGAAGUUGCAGAUUUAAUUAUUACUCAAGGUAUUGGCCCAGAUUUAAAAGAAAAUAUUGAUAUUUUAAUUAAUGAAGAUACUUUUAAACAACCAAUCGAAAAACAGCAACAACAGCAACAGCAAAACCAGCAACAGCAACCACCACAGCAAACAAAUCCAUUAAAUAUUUCACAAAAUAGCUCUUAUUCACCAGCAGUUUUAUCCUCAAGUCCAUCCCCAACAGUACCAGGUGCCAUUAAUUUCGAAUUUGAAGAGAUUAGCGAUGAUAGAUUAAGUGGACAAAAUGACUUUAGUGAUGAUGAUGGAUCUUCUUCAGUUUACGAAUACUAUUCACCUUUGGAUAUGAUGUCCUCAAAUAGUAAAUUCUCUGAAACUGAAUCAAAUAGUUCUGAAACCAUAAACGAUAUACCAGAUACAUUAUCACAAGCAUCAUUUAGCAACUUACCGAUAAUGGGAAGUAUCAUGAUUGAAGAUUAUGACCACGAUAAAAUAGAUACAUACCCACCAAGCUCAACUACCCAAAUGUAUCCACAUAGAGAUUUUUAUAAUGACACAGAUCCUCCUUCAAAUGAAUCAACGCAAAUUCACCCACAACCACAGUCUCAGCAGCAACAUUCAAAUGAUGGUACAGUUACUUGGAUGGAUCAAAGUUCUAAAACUAUUGAGCCAGUAGAAAACUAUAUUACAAAUCCAGAUGAAGAUCCUUCAGAAGAUUGUUCUCUUCCACAUCAAUAUCCUAAAUCAAGCUCAAGAGUUACAUUUAGAAAAAUGAAUAUAUCGAUUAAAAUCUUUAAAGGUUCAGAUUGGGAAAGAGAUAACGAAUCUCCUUCAUUAAUACCAUCACCUCCUACUAAUAAUUCAACCAGCAACAAGUCAGAUGACACUAAAUCAGGAAGAGAUCAAAAUUUUUAUGUAGAAUUUUUAUUUUCAAAUUGUAGUAUUAGAAUUGAUAAAUUUGAUGAAAACGAACUAUAUGCAAAAAGAAUGUCGAUUCACAUAGCCGAUGUAACAAUCAUGGAUCAUAUUCCAACAUCAGUUUGGAAUAAGUUCCUGUGCUCAGACACCAAUGUAACUAGAUACAGUCAAUCUCCAAUGAUUAAAAUACUAUUAGAAACAGUUAGACCUGAUCUAUCAAGACCAUUACUUCAAGAGAAUAGAUUAAAGGUAUUAAUAUUACCAAUUCGUUUUAAUGUUGAUCAAGAUACCGUGUCGUUUAUUGUUCAAUUUCUUUCUUAUAAACCACGUACUUCAAGUAAUAUUGAAUCACCCAAAAUUACAUCACUAGGAUCAUCUGGAAGUAAUAUUUCACCAACAUCUUUAAGUGGGGCAGGUACGACAUCACCAUUAUCAUCAAGUCAAACUUUAUCGAAUGGUAGCAAUACAUUAAUAUCGUCAGGUAGUAGUUGCACAACAUCAACAAAUAGCUCGUUGAAUUCAUCGAAUAAUACCCAAACAUCAAACACAUCUACUCCAGUAGCAGCUCAUAAAAAAACAACAUCUAAUACACAAACUAUUAGUAGAUCAAUCCCUGAAGAAAAAGCACAUACUACAGAUAAAGAAUCUCAAGAAAUUACAUAUUUUCAAUCAGUUGAAAUUUUACCAAUUAGAUUGAAGGUAGACUAUAAACCCAAAAAAGUUGAUUAUCACAGUUUAACAAGUGGAAACUAUGCGGAACUAUUAAACCUUUUACCUUUAGAGGGUGCCAUAUUUAAUUUAUCAAGACUAAAACUAAAUGGUGUUGGUGGAUGGAGUGCAUUGUUUAAUCAAAUUGGAAAGAUUUGGGUUCCUUAUAUUAUCCAAACUCAAUUACUGGGCUACGUUUCAGGUGUAAGAGGUUUAAAUUCGUUGGUUCAUAUUGGAGAAGGUUUAGCAAAUCUUAUUAUAUUGCCAUAUGAACAAUAUAAAAAAGAUGGAAAUAUUUUAAAAGGUAUAAAAAGAGGUACAACAACAUUCUUAAAGAAUCUAACUGUCGAAACACUUUCAAUGGGUGCAAAAGUUGCUGUUGGAACUCAAGGUUUAUUAGAAACAGCUGAUAAUGUAUUAUCAUCACCAAAACAAUCACAUAAUACAAGAUUUACAUCCUCGGGGGGUAAUCAUCAUAACCAUGGCCAUCAUAAAAUUAAAUCAUCUCACCACCAUCAACAACUUUCACCCGCAUCAAUUCAAUCACUUAAUAACCAUAUUCAGCAACAUAGCCACCAUCAUGGCUAUGCAAGUAAAUUCUCUGAUCAACCAAACGAUACAAGAGAGGGUAUACAACAUGCAUAUGAAAGUGUUUCUAGAGAGUUAAAAUCUGCUGCUCAUACAAUUAUAGCAAUACCAAUGAAAGAAUAUCACAAAAAGGGCACAAAAGGUUAUGUUAAAUCAAUAGUCCAAGCUGUACCAAUUGCAAUUAUUAGACCGAUGAUUGGAAUAACAGAAGGUGUUUCAAAAACUUUAUUAGGUGUUAGAAAUCAAAUAGAUCCUCUUAAAAAAAUGGAGAUGGAUAAUAAAUAUAAACAAAAAUCAAUAAAAAAAUAA